CGCUCCAUUACAGACCGGCAGCACUGGUAACUUCAGCUCAUCCAACAAUUUGAACGUUCACAUGUUUAAUAUUUCUAUUGUGUUUAACUUUUCAAAAUUAGGAACUGCUUUUUUUAAAAACCGUUCAGCGAAAUGCCAAAGAAAAUAUUUGACAUGUUCUGUUUGUGCUUGUGGAGUCUGAGUGGAGUGUUUGGUGUUGAUGCAGUGAAGUCAGUGUCAGUGACUGAGGGAGAAUCUGUCACUCUAAACUCUAGUCUUACUGAAAUACAGACAGAUGAUCUGAUAAUGUGGAGAACUGGACACAACAACAAUCUCAUAGCUACCAAAGAAAACUAUAAGAUAGAUUUUCCUGAUGUGAGAUUCAGAGAUAGACUGAAGCUGGAUCAUCAGACUGGAUCUCUGACCAUCAUGAACAUCAGAAACACUGACUCUGGACUUUAUACAGUAUCCAGCAGCAGAUCAGAGACGCCGCUCAACACAUUUAAUAUUACCGUCUAUGCUCGUCUGCCUGUUCCUGUCAUCAGCCAUUCUUCAAAAAAAUCCCCAACUUCAUCAAAUUGUUCAUUGGUGUGUUCAUCAGUGUUGAAUGUGAGUGAUGUGACUCUCUCCUGGUACGCAGGAAUGAGUGUAUUGUCCAGCAUCAGUGUGUGUGAUCUCAGCAUCAGUCUCUCUCUACCUCUGGAGAUUGAGUGUCUGGAUGAUUCCUACAGCUGUGUGAUCAACAAUACCAUCAGCAACCAGACCACACAUCUCAACACUGAACUCUGUCGGCCAUGUUCAGACUCAGUGUCUCUGAUAGUGCUGAUCUCUUCUUCUGCUGCUGCUGCUGGAUCUCUGAUGAUUGUUACUGCAGUUGGGAUCUUCUGCUUCUACAGGAAACACAGAAAAACAGACAGAGAAGGCAAGUAUUAUAUAUAUAUUAAAAUAAUGUAA